CUUAAUUAUUGGAGGCCGCAUGUACCGAGGUUUUCUUGGGAAGGCGUCGCUCGGAGCGGGAACGGUGGAAGAACCGUGACGUCCUGGUUCGGUGGAGCCAGCGACCAUCAAUUAGACAUGGCAAACACAGUUAUGGGCGGCGGAGGUGGCUCAAAGGUGGCUGGGGUUGGCGGUGGGACGGCGGACGGGGUCUACUCGACAGCGAAAACCUCCGUAUGGUGGGACAUCGAGAACUGCCAAGUGCCGAAAGCCUUCGAUGCGCAUGUCAUCGCUAAGAACAUAAGCUCCGCUCUGGUUGCUAUGGAUUACCGGGGGCCGGUCUCCAUUUCAGCCUAUGGGGACACCAAAUUGAUCAAUAUUAGCGUUCAGGCGCUCUCCAGUACCGGGAUAUCGCUUAACCAUGUUCCUGGAGGUAUAAAAGAUGCCAGUGAUAAGAAAAUAUUAGUAGACAUGUUACUUUGGGCUGUUGACAACCAACCGCCUGCAAAUUAUUUGCUUAUUUCGGGGGAUCGUGACUUCUCCAAUGCACUGCAUCAGCUUAGUAUGAGGAGAUACAACAUCCUCCUAGCUCAGCCUCGUUAUUUCUCUCAAGCACUUACUACUGCGGCCAAGACUGUAUGGUCUUGGACUGAUCUUCUGGCAGGCGGUCCACCAUUGUCAUCCUCUUCUCUAACAAAUGAAAUUGGUUCAACUUCAGAAGCUAACAGAAAUAGUUCUGCAGAAGAAAGGAAGCCUAGUGAUUUCCUUUCAUCCAACUUGAAUCUGGCAUUUCAGAAAGCUAAUGCCAAUGGAGAAGCUGACAACCAAGUCAAAGGAAAGCAACAGGCAUCAAAUAUUCAAAGACAGCCAAAUGGCAAUAAUUUCAGAAGGAAUGAUUGUAUCCAGUAUCACUCCGGAAGCCAAAGUCUUACUAAUUCCACUCCAAUUAGCCAGACAUCUAACAGUACAAUAUCAAAUACCGAAGCUUUGCCCAAAGCACAUACUAAUUAUUUAGCUAUCCCACAACAAUCACUUGUAAAUUCCCCUCACAAGUGCAUUAGCUCAAAAAACCCUGAUCUUAAGCAACAUAAUGCUCAUGAAUCUGGAGCUGCUAAAGUCAGCACAUUGGAGCCUUACCGUAGUAAUGAUAAGGUGAGUGUCCCAUACAAUUUUAAUAAUAGCCAAUUUCAAUGUGGAUCUACUAAUCUCAGCGCAAUAGAGCCUUACCGUAGUAAUGAUAAGGUGAGUGUCUCAACCAAUUUCAAUAAUAAUCAUUUUCGUCCCCACUCCCUUUAUCCACCAGAUAUAAAACCCCCUAGACCCUAUCAACAGUUUGGGAACUUUACUCGUUCAAGUUCUCCUAUGCUCAACUGUUAUCCUCAAUCUACGUGGCAUAGUGCUCCACCCAUCGUACAGGAAACUCCAAGGCCAAAUGCCCUAGCAAUUUCAACACAGUCAACCAGGACGAGUGCUCCUAUAUUUCCCUCGACAAAGCCUAAUGAUCCUUCCUUUUCUUCAGCUUCUCCAAUUGUACCUGACAUUAGUAAACUUACUAUUACUCAAUAUCCUAAUGCUUUUUAUUCCUAUCCUAGAGAAUCUAAUAUUCCACAAUAUAAGCUACCUUGUUAUCAAGAUAAUAUGCAAGGCAACCAUGUCUGGAACCAUUCCGAUCCUUCUCUUGUCGUCCCGAAUUUGAUUGAUACCAUCCUACCAGCCAUCCACAUAUUAAAAAAAGAGAGAAUACCUCCCACAGAAGCUAAUAUAACAGAUUGUAUUCGCUAUGGGGAGUUGAACCUCCAAGAUUUUGAUGUUAGAAAGGCCCUGGAACUGGCUGUCCAACAUCAUGCUGUUGUUAAGCACAAAGUAGGAGAUAACCUCUUUUAUAUUUAUAAAGGAGAAUCGCUUUGGAGCUGUGUAAAUAUUAUGAAUAGUCAGGUAAGACUUCCCAAGGCAGUGUGUGAUGCAGUUCUCAAGUUCCUAUCUUCAACUGAGGGCUAUUCUUCCAUGAUGGCCUCGCGGUGCAUGUAUGAUGCAGCAUCAAUACUCAGGCGUUCAUGCUUAAAUACUCUCACUUUGGGUGAAGUUCUUCAGAUACUAAAUGUAGCAAUUCACCAAAAGAAGUGGAUUUUACCUCAUUCUUCUGGUUGGCAGCCGUUGUCUCUUCCUUCUCCUAUGGUAGCUGCUUCAGAUAUGAAUGCAGAACCUCCAUCCGCUUAAAAUCUACUACUAGCGAAAUUAAAUCGAGUUAUAUAGUUGAUUAGGGAGUGGGGAUUAAGGAUAGUCCCUGUAGUAAAAAAAUUUAGUUUGUGGCAUAUUUUGUUCACCUGUUGUAACGUCUUUGGUUGUCAUAUCUGAAUUUGUUGUAUUUUUAUGAAGAUUCGGCGAUACUAAGUAUUAAUAAAACUAUUUUU